AUGCCCGUCGAGCACAAAGCCGCGUUAAUUGUCAUUGAUGGAUGGGGAAUUCCUACCGAAUCGUCCCCACCAGAUGGCGAUGCCAUCGCGGCGGCGGAGACCCCAGUAAUGGACUCCUUCAAGGACCAUGCAGAGGGAUAUACCGAACUCGAGGCUUCGUCGCUCGCUGUCGGAUUACCAGAGGGCCUGAUGGGCAACUCCGAAGUAGGCCACUUGAAUAUUGGUGCUGGCCGAGUCGUCUGGCAGGAUGUGGUCCGCAUUGAUCAGACCAUCAAGAACGGCGACCUCGACAAGAAUGAUGUUAUCAUGAAGGUGCUCAACGAUGCAAAGAAUGGUAAUGGUCGCCUACACCUGUGCGGACUUGUGUCCGAUGGCGGUGUGCACUCAAAGCAAGACCACCUCUAUUCCAUCCUCAAGGUUGCCAAGCAAGUCGGUAUUCCCCAUGUCUACAUCCAUUUCUUUGGCGAUGGACGGGAUACCGAUCCGAAGUCCGGUGCAGGAUAUAUGCAACAACUCGUGGACAAACUUAAGGAGAUUGGUGUUGGCGAAAUUGCGACUGUCGUCGGCAGAUACUACGCCAUGGACCGUGAUAAGCGCUGGGAGCGAGUUGAGGUCGCACUGAAAGGUUUAUGCUUGGGCGAUGGAGAGGAGAGCAAUGACCCGGUGAAGACGAUCAAGGAGAGAUAUGAGAAGGGCGAGAACGAUGAGUUCUUGAAGCCAAUCAUUGUCGGCGGAAAGGAGGCCCGUAUCAACGAUGGCGACCAGGUGUUCUUCUUCAACUACCGCUCUGAUCGUGUACGAGAAAUCACCCAAUUGCUCGGAGAUUUCGACCGCUCUCCAUUGGAGGACUUCGCCUAUCCCAAGAACAUCACGCUCACCACUAUGACACAAUACAAACUCGACUACCCAUUCCCAAUUGCCUUCAAACCACAGCAUAUGGGUAAUGUUCUCGCGGAGACAUUGGGUACCCAAGGUGCUAGACAAGUCCACGUCGCUGAGACAGAGAAAUACGCCCACGUUACCUUCUUCUUCAAUGGUGGUGUUGAGAAGGUCUUCCCUCUAGAGGACAGAGAUGAGAAACAAGAUCUCGUCCCCUCAAAUAAGAGUGUGGCUACAUAUGACCUGGCGCCAGAAAUGAGUGCCGACGGAGUCGCCAAACAGGUGUCCAAGCGGAUAAGAGAGGGCAAGUAUGAAUUCGUCAUGAACAACUUCGCUCCCCCGGACAUGGUUGGCCAUACCGGUGUCUAUGAAGCAGCCAUCAUCGGCGUUGCCGCGACUGACAAGGGCAUUGGCGAAAUCUACGAGACAUGCAAGCAGGAAGGUUAUAUUCUGUUCAUUACCUCAGAUCACGGUAACGCCGAGGAGAUGAAAUUUGCAGACGGAAAGCCCAAGACAUCGCACACCACCAACAAAGUCCCCUUCAUCAUGGCCAAUGCGCCCAAGGGCUGGUCUUUGAAGAAGACGGACGGCGUGCUCGGUGACGUCGCACCCACAAUCCUCGAGGCUAUGGGUCUUAAGCAGCCAGAGGAGAUGACUGGCACCAGCCUUCUGAUCAAAAGUUAG